CAACAUCUUGGCUAUCAAUUGGGUAUAUAAGCACAACCUAAACAAUUGUCAAGUCAGUCUAACACGGUACUUGUUCAAGUUAUCCAUCCAAGACAUUCAAAAAGAAAAACAUUUUAACAAUGUUUAAAUUGAUUGCAUUAUUUUUUGGUGUCAUUUUGGCAACUGCAAAUGCAUCACCAAGUGCAAUAACAGCAGCAGCAUCAUCAAUUUUACCAUAUGCAUAUGGUAAUGGCUAUGGUUAUGGCAGUGGAUAUGGAUAUGGUUAUGCACCAAGUGUAAGCUAUGCUCCAUCAGUGGGCUAUGUUGCACCAUCUGUAACAACUUAUCAUGGUACUCCACUUGCAACAAGUUAUGCAAACACUUACAAGGUUGCCUAUACUGCACCAUAUGCACCAAAAAUAAUUCCAGCACCAAUUGUAACUAAAACAUAUCCAGCAUCUGGCUAUGGACAUGCUCUUUAUGGUGGUUAUGGAUUAGGAGGAUACAACAGUCUUGCAUAUGGCAAUGGAUAUGGUAGUGGAUAUGGAUAUGGUCAUGGAUAUGGUAAUGGUUAUGGAUAUGGAAGUUCAAGUGGAUAUUAUGGUUCAGGUCUUGGCUAUGGUAGUUAUGGUCUAACUGGAUACAGUGGAUAUGGUGGAUACAGUGGUUAUGGAAAUGAUUACUAUCAUUAAGACAAUUUAAUUAAAUAUUUAUAUACAUUGAUGAUAAUAUUCCAAAGUACUUGAGGACAAAUGUACAAACACGACAAAAAAAAAAUAUGUUACCUGAUUAUAUAUUGACGCAUUUCACUAAACUAAAUAUUAUAUUAUCCAAAGUUUAUAUAUUUUUUUUUAUAUUCAAAUAUAAAUAAUCAUGUAAUUAUUAAAUAAAUAAAUUUCAAUAUUUCUUACUCUAAUUAAA